UCGCAGGUGUCACUGUCCUGACUGGCCCUUGGGUGUUGGGGCGUGUGCGCAUGCUCCGUGCUCCGGGUCGAGCUCUGGGCGGCGAUACCAGACGCCACUGCUCCAGUUCCCGGUGAACCUCGGCUACGAUGGCAGCUGUUAGUAUCUGCCGGGUGUUGGCGUGAGGCAGAGCUGGGCCAGCGGGAGGUAGCCCUGUGGAAGUGGAAGGCCCGUGUUUCUCUACCUGGACCGCACGCUCCUCUCGUUAGGAGGGCAGAGCUCAAGAUUUGCUUUGAAGUCACGUUGAUAACAAAUAUGGAGUCACCUUUGAUAACUUCACCUGGAAAAGAGAAUCUUCUUAUUAAAAAAACAUAAGGAAAACAGAUGACCAAAGGAAUCGUGCCAAAUGCGAACUCAACAUCUUUUUGUAUCAUCUGGUUUUUAAAUCAUCAAGACAAAUGGCUUGUACUUCAAAGAAAAUUAUUUGUUCAUUGACAUUGUUUUUAGCAGUUUAAAAAAAAAAUCUUUUUUUUUACCUUAACUAUACAACUCUCUUAUAAAAUUAAACACAUAUAAAAAUUUUAAGGUCAUGUUUAAAAUAGCUUUCUUUUUUAGAACUUCAGUGUUUGUGUACCCUAUUUUUGCUUGACAAAGUCAUCAAAAAUUUGCGGCAACAGGAAAGAUAUGGACUUGGAAACUUAUAUUAUAAUUGACUGCAUUGAAUUUAAGUGGACAAUUCAAGACAUCAUCCCUUCUAUCAUCAGAAAUAUCAUGUAAAAUAUAUAAUUCUUAGCUUUAAUGUAAACAGAGUUUCUUGAAAAUGGCAUGGGUGAAAUUCUUACGGAAACCUGGUGGCAAUCUUGGAAAAGCUUAUCAGCCUGGAAGUAUGCUGUCCCUAGCCCCUACCAAAGGCUUAUUAAAUGAACCAGGACAAAACAGCUGCUUUCUUAAUAGUGCUGUACAGGUUUUAUGGCAAUUGGAUAUAUUCCGAAGAAGCUUACGGGUUCUAACUGGACAUGUUUGUCAGGGAGAUGCCUGUAUAUUUUGUGCAUUGAAGACAAUAUUUGCACAGUUUCAACAUAGUCGAGAAAAAGCACUUCCUUCGGAUAAUAUAAGACACGCUCUAGCAGAGAGCUUCAAAGAUGAGCAGCGAUUUCAGCUGGGCCUUAUGGAUGAUGCUGCAGAGUGCUUUGAAAAUAUAUUGGAGAGGAUUCAUUUUCAUAUAGUGCCAAGCAGAGAUGCAGACAUGUGUACCUCUAAAUCUUGUAUCACUCACCAGAAGUUUGCCAUGACUCUGUAUGAACAGUGUGUGUGUCGUAGCUGUGGAGCAUCAUCAGAUCCUCUACCUUUUACAGAAUUUGUGCGGUACAUUUCUACAACAGCCCUAUGCAAUGAAGUGGAAAGAAUGAUGGAAAGGCAUGAACGUUUUAAGCCUGAAAUGUUUGCAGAGUUGCUACAAGCAGCAAAUACAACUGAUGACUAUAGGAAAUGUCCUAGUAACUGUGGCCAAAAAAUAAAAAUUCGCCGUGUUUUAAUGAAUUGCCCAGAAAUUGUUACAAUUGGUUUAGUCUGGGAUUCUGAGCAUUCUGACUUGACUGAAGAUGUUGUUCGGAAUCUAGCAACACAUCUUUAUCUUCCUGGGCUUUUUUAUAGGGUUACUGAUGAAAAUGCCAAAAAUAGUGAACUUCACCUCGUUGGUAUGAUCUGCUACACCAGCCGACAUUAUUGUGCCUUUGCUUUUCAUACCAAGAGUUCCAAGUGGGUAUUUUUUGAUGAUGCAACCGUGAAAGAGGUUGGAACUAGAUGGAAGGAUGUGGUCUCCAAGUGUAUCCGAUGCCACUUCCAGCCACUGCUUUUGUUUUACGCAAACCCAGAUGGCACAGCAGUUUCUACUGAAGAUGCACUUAGGCAGGUCAUCAACUGGUCACAUUAUAAAUCUGUUGCAGAAAAUAUGGGAUGUGAAAAGCCCAUAAUUUAUAAGUCAGAUAAUUCAAAAGAGAAUGGAUUUGGUGAUCAGGCAAAACAGAAAGAAAUUCAGAAAUUUCCAACAGAUAAUAUUUCAUCAUUUAAUCGGAACCACAUUCAAACCAGUGGUGGUAGAGGGCCAGUUAAGUCAAGUCACAAUGAUCAAAGGGAAAAAAUAAAAGACAUUUCCAGAGAAUGUGCUUUAAAGGCCAUUGAACAGAGAAACUUACUUUCGUCACAAAGGAAGGAUUUGGAGAGGGGACCAAGAAAAGAUUUGGGCCGACAUAGAGAUUUGGUUGAUGAAGACCUUCCACAUUUCAAGUCUGGAUCACCUCCUGCCCCAAAUGGCUUUAGGCAAUAUGGAAAUCCACAUCUAUAUCAUAGUCAAGGAAAAGGACCAUAUAAGCAUGACCGAGUUGCCCAUCAGAGUCGAGCUUCUGCACAAAUACUGAGUUCAAGUAAAUCCCAGAUUCUUGCCCCAGGAGAGAAAGUUACUGGCAAAGUUAAGAGUGACAGUGGCACUGGAUAUGAUACAGACAGCAGCCAAGAUUCUAGGGAUAAAGGAAGCAGUUACAGUGGCAGCAGUAAAAGCCGGAACCGAGGUUGGAAACCCAUGAGGGAAACAUUAAAUGUUGAUAGUAUUUUUAAUGAAAGUGAAAAAAGGCAACAUAGUCCAAGACAUAAAUCAAAUAUCAGUAACAAACCUAAAUGUAGCAAAGAUCAGAGUUUUAACAAUUGGCCAAAGGAGAACCCAAAGCAGAAAUGUUUAAUGACCAUAUACGAAGAUGAAAUGAAGCAGGAAAUAGGAGGCAGGAGUUCCCUUGAAUCAAAUGGAAAAGGAGCAGAGAAAAAUAAAGGCCUCAAAGAGACUAAAGUUUAUGGUGACAAUUGGCAGAUGCAGAGGACUGAGUCUGGAUACGAAAGUAGUGAUCAUGUCAGUAAUGGAUCUGCUAAUUUGGAUUCACCUGUUAUCGAUGGAAAUGGUACAGUAAUGGAUAUCAGUGGUGUUAAAGAAACAGCAUCCUGCAGUGACCAGGUUAAAACAAGCAACCUAAAUAUAGAAUAUAUCAACUGUUCCUCCCAACAGAGCAAAAACUACUUGGAAGGCUUCAGAAAAGAACUCAAGAAUUUGGAAGUAGGCUGUAAAUCUCCUGAGUUCCACCCAGAGUCACAUCUACAAAUAAAAAAUCCUUUGAUAAAGAGGUCACAUAUUAUACAUGAAACGAAUGGAAAGUUGUUCCCUUCGUCAGGUCCACAGAUACUGAAGGACACUGCAGCAAGAGAGCAUAUCCACCAGUCAAAUGAACAGAAACUUGAAACAUCAAGUGAAUGCAAAUUUUCUGAGUGGCUUAAUACAGAAAAUUCUGAGAGAACAGGUUUACUUCUUCACAUUGAUGAUAAUUCUGCUUCUGGAAAGAUAAUGAACAGUAAUGAAAUAGUCUUACCAUCUUCUUUGUGGUCCUCACACAUGAGACCUGUCAGGUUAAAGCCAGAAACUGCUCCCCUCAUCGAGCAGCAAACUAUGAUGGAACAGUGUUCCUCUGAGAAGUCUCUAUCCAGGGAACAUAUAAUUCAGUCAGCCUGCAGAUCUGAUGGUCAGAUGCCAAACCUUGUUAGCCAUAAUCCGCCUCCUUUGCCACCAAAGAAAUAUGCUAUAACCAGUGUGCCACAGUCAGAGAAAAAUGGUUCCACACAUAAUGUCAAACUUACAGAGACAUUUAAAGCUAAUUCUUUUAGUCUUCCAAAGCACAGUUUAAGUCCGGAUCCAGAACCAGGUUCAGAAGUGGGUACAUACAUGAAUGAUGAAAGACUUAAGGAAACAUUUCAAGUAAAAGAGCAUGUUGGCAACACACCAAACUACCUGUCUGGCUCUUCAACUAAAGAUUUUCAGGCAGACUUGGGUACAGUUGUUGAUGAGUUUUGCCAACCAGAAAUAGACUCUAGUUCUACUUGUCCAAAUGAGACCAUUUCAUUAACUACCUAUUUUUCAGUUGAUAGCUGCAUGACUGAUACAUACAGACUGAAAUACCAUCAGAGGCCCAAGCUCUAUGUUCCGGAGAGCAGUGGUUUUUGUAAUGAUAAUUCGCUAUCCCAGAGUGAAAGAGGGCUAGGACCGGUGUUACACAAUAGUCUUGGUUCAAACUGCCCUUCUGAGCAAAGAUACAAACCUAGUAUACAUUGUAGUAGAUAAAUGAUGAAACUGGUAAGCUUAUACUUCUCAGAGGCCAUUAAAAAUAAUAGGAAUUGACUGACCAAACCUGGUAAUACAUGAAAUUAAAACCAUGGCAUUUUUAAAGUCAUUAAUCGCUUUAACUUUCUAUAUAUAUUUUUUAUUCUGUGAUCAACUUAUUGGAUAUUUUAGAAAUUCCCUUUGAAUAGCCUUGGCGUGCCUGCAAAAUAGAAAAUUGGGGGGUAUGCAAAAAGUCACUGCUGCAAUUGAAUAAAAAUGUACUUUUUUCCUUUAUGUGUGGCUAACAGACCCAUAAGUAUUAAACUAACCAAUAGUCACAUAUGCAGAUUGAUAAACUAUGCUAAUGGAAAAAUACCAGGUGAUACAUAGUUUGUGUAGUCAAAGCAGUAUUUGCUUUACUAAGAAGCACUUUCUAAUGGGUAAGGAACCAAAGGAGGGCUUCACCCAUUUGUUUUUGACUUCUGUGAUAGUCUAUUACAUGCAAUCCCUUUAAGUGUCUUAAAAAAUAUCAACCCAUGAAAUUGAUAGCAUUUGAAAAAGAAAAAAAAAGCCU